UCCAUGGAUGCUCUUAAAAUCUGGUUGCCGGUGGUCCUUCCUAGGUACUAGGUUCACAGCUAACGCGGAAUUCAUCACAGGAUGGUGGUGACUUUGAAGCCAACGACGGUAAUCUUACUCAGCAGCCACUGCUUCUCAUCUGCCAUCUCAAUCGGUGGCAGCUACACCUCUCGUCUCGCUCUCCCAGCCUCUCCCCGACCCCGCUUUCCCCAUGUCCAAGCAUUACCUGUCACAAAAGCUACUACAUCCUACAACGAUGAACACGAAGCAACAGAUAGAAACAACCAUGUGGCCUCCGGCGCUGCCGCUGCUCCGAAGACGCUGUCCAGGUACGAGCCCUCUAUUUGGGGCGACUACUUCCUCGACUACGAGCCAAAACCACUGCAGAGGUCUGAAAAAUGGAUGAGUGCAAGAGCUGAUCAAUUGAAGGAGGACGUCGACAUGUUGUUUAAGAGUUGCAGCUGCACUAUGGAAAGAAUAAUCUUAUUGGACAGUGUCCAACGUCUCGGAAUAGAUCAUCACUUCAAGAAACAAGUUGAUAUCGCGUUAAAUCAGAUUUUUGAGGAUGAAUUCAGUAGCUUUAGCCUCCAUCAGGUUGCCCUGCGGUUUGGCUUGCUUAGAAGACAUGGUCUUUGGGUGUCUCCAGUUUACCAUGCAGAUGUUUUCAACAAAUUUAAGAAUGAAGAUGGGAGCUUUAGGACAGAUAUUACCAACGAUCCGAAGGGGCUUUUAUAUCUAUACAACGCAGCCCAUCUUCUUGUCCAUGGUGAGACAUCAUUGGAAGAAGCUAUCUCUUUUGCAAGGCAUCAUCUUGAAUUGAUGAGGGAGACUCUCAAGUCCCCUUUAGCCGAGCAAGUUAAACGUGCCCUUCGUGUACCAUUGUCAAGGACGUUAAAAAGGGUGGAAACAUUGCAUUAUAUCUCUGAGUACAAGCACGAGGAACGACAUAAUCCAACUCUAUUGGAACUUGCAAAGCUGGAUUUUAACCUUCUACAACAUGUCCACUUGAAGGAACUUAAAUAUCUCACUAGGUGGUGGCACGAUUUUUACACAUGUGUCGGGCUAAACUAUGCUCGGGACCGCCUGGUUGAGGGUUACAUCUGGUGCUAUGCGGUAUACCAUGAGAAAGAAUUUGCGUUGUCAAGAAUAUUUCUUACCAAGCAAUUGAUGCUUAUUUCCCUGAUGGAUGACACAUAUGAUGCACAUGCCACCAUAGAGGAAUGUCGACAACUAAAUGCGGCCAUACAAAGAUGGGAUGAAAGCGCCACUUCCAUUCUGCCUGACUACCUUAAAAGGUUCUAUACUGAAUUGAUGAGGGUAUUUAAAGAUGCUACACGUGAAGUGACAAUUUGUGACACCUACCAUGUUGCUUAUGCUCAAAAGGCGUUUCAAGAUCUUUCUAUUUAUUAUCUCCAAGAAGUUGAAUGGUUAAACCAGAAUCACAAGCCAUGCUUUAAAGAUCACCUGAGGUUAUCUGCCAUGUCCAUAGGAUCACCAACGCUAUGUGUAGGUUUGAUGGUUGGCAUGGGAGAUCUAGUCACAAGGGAAACAUUUGAGUGGGCAGCUAGUUACCCAAAAGUUGCUAUAGCUUGCGGGAAGAUAGCACGUCUAAUGGAUGACAUGGCCGCAUUUAAAGGUGGGAAGGCCAAGGGAGAUAUGGCAAGCUCUAUAGAGUGUUACAUGGUUGAGCAUAGGGUCACAAGUGAGGUUGCCAUUUACAAGAUCCUUUCUCUACUAGAAGAUGAAUGGAAAACUCUAAAUCAAGCUCCAUUUGAUCACCACACACAUCUCCCAGUGUUGCAACGGAUUAUUAACUUUGCUAAUAGCAUGCCAUUAUUCUAUCGAGAGAAAGACGCAUAUACAUUUAGCAUGCAUCUUAAGGACACCGUUGACAGCCUUUUUGUGGAACCCAUUCCCAUGUAGGCUCUACUAUGUUGUGUGACAGUUUACCUUUAGUAGAGAUGCAAUUGUGCAUCAUAAAUUAUCAGUGAGAGCUUGUGCAUCAUCUUUGUCCCUAUAAAUAAACAUGGUAUCCAUACGAGAUACACUUGUGUGUCUUCUUGUUGCAUGUUUGUUUUAUUAAUUAUCAUUUAUUAAAAUUCAGUAUCUUUUGUAAUGGAGUAUUUGAUCCCUGCCUAGAGGCAAUAAUAAAGUGGUUACUA